AUGUUUACCGUGCUGAUGAUCAUGUACGGAUUGGCCAUUCCAGUCGUCACUACUUCAUCACCGAGUCGUCAUCAUCAAAAUAUUCACUCGACAUCACAACAUUUCUCGUUUUCGAAGACAUCUUCCAUGAAUCCUCAUCGUGUAGUGGUACCGACCAAAGUACCUCAUUCUCGUUUUCAUAAUUUCAUCCUCUCUCCUAAUCAUUUCAUAAAAAACCUUUCAAUACCAUUUCAACAACAAGAAUGGUUGAGACCUCUUCGAAAUGUCGAUGCAUCAUCCAUGAACGAGAGGUCUGCACAUGGAAACACCAUGUCCUCCUCUUCUUCUAUGGAAUUUAAUUUUCAAAUUCACAUCAAUACCAACAGUUUGAAUACAAACACGAGUACAUGUGGAGAUUCUCCGACGAAUGCAUGUCCUUCACUAUCCAUUGGUUUACAAAAAUUAAACAACAAUGUAGAGACAAUAGUUUUGCCAAGUUUGACAGCAGCUGACUCUCGGAGAGCAUUGGUGACCACUCAAUUUGAAAUGUGGAGUAAUGAUGGUAAUUUCUGUUUAGCCGAAUUUCUUCCUCCUGUGAAAAGUAAUGUGGACCAUUCCAUGAUAUUUAAUGGAAGAGCGAAUCAAGUGUGGUGCACCAACAUCUCCUCUCUCGAUCGGAGUGACAUUUUAUUAUUGGAUUUCAACUCUCUUUUCAUGCACAUUCCUGUAAUUUCUUGCAGACCUUUGAGUGUGAAAAUUACUAAUUGCAAUUUGUACCAUUCGGUGAUUGCCAUUUCACAGCUCGUACCUGAAGCAAAGAAUAUGUACUGUCGUAAUACCACUUUCAAUAAUGAUAUUUUACAACAAGCAAGCCUAACACUGAAUGGAGUUUUCUUAUCAAAUUGUGCAAUAUUUAGUUCGUUUGUAGGAUCCGUGUACAUUUAUAACGUACAUCAAACCAUGAUUACUCCAGACUCAAUGAUCAGUAUUACAGACUCCAACUUGUUGGAUGUGAGACAUUUCAAAGUUAUUGAGCUCGGGCUGUUCAAUGUCAAUAAUGUACAAACAGUUCAAUUUAUUGCAAUGUCUUAUGAAUCAAGAAGAGCUAACUUUUAUUUGAGGUCGAUUGAAAAUUUACUAAUCACACAAUCUUUAUUUAAUUCUAAUUUUUUUUCGGAUGACUAUCUCCUUAAUUUAGAAGAUAUUCAAUACUCUCGAAUCACUGAUUGCCAAGUGGAGAAUCUCAAUCAUGUGUGGUUGGGAGGGUAUGGCCUUAAAACACUUGAACUGGAAAAUUUAAGUGUCAUGAAUAACUCUGUCACCAAUAUUUAUUUAUCCUAUGAGAUAGGAUUAAUUACAAUUCAUGAAAUUGACACAUUUUCCAUCAAGAAUUCAAAAUUUGAGUCCAACAGUGGAUAUCAUGCAGUUGAUUUAACUAUCCACUCCUAUGUAAAUAUUUUAAUUCACAACAACACAUUUAGAAAUAGCAAAUCAAAACGAAGUGGAGGAUCAACCUAUAUUGGUUAUUUCAAAUCUCAGUAUUUUCUCUCUGGAUCUCAAUGCAAUAUUACAUUCAAUACCUAUGAAGGAAAUUAUUGUGAUGAUUUUGGAGGCGCCAUCUAUGUGAAAGGUCCAACGAACUCGUUGUAUUUGGAACAUAAUAUUUUCUUAAGAAAUACUGCACGACUAAGUGGAGGAGCAUUGACCAUUUCUGGAGCCAUUCGCAGUGACAUUAGUAUUGCUCAUUCAUAUUUCGAAAGAAAUCGAGUGUUAACCAAUCCAUUUUUAGAAGGAUCUCUCACCAAUUACAUGUUACCCAGUGGUGGAGGAGCUCUCUAUUUAGCGAAUUCAAAAUGUAAUUUCUUGACAGGAGCAACCUUUGUAGAUAAUGAAGCUGCUCGAGGUGGUGCUCUCUAUUAUCAAUCGUUUCCAACGUUAGGUUUUGAUGUUACAUGUAAAAUUUCUGAAUGUACCUUUCGAAAUAAUAAGGCAUUCAAUAGUGGAGGAGCCAUCUAUUUGAAUAAUGUCAAAGAUGCGAAAAGUGUCAUUGAUGAGAAUAGUUUAACAUUUUCGAAUAAUAGAGCAGAACUGUUUGGAGAUGAUAUUGCCACGACAACUAAAAGUUUGUCCAUUAUUGAUUUCCAACCACGACAAGUGUAUCCUGGACAAAAUAUUACCAUCAAAGUAGCACCUGUGGACAUGUUCUCUCGAAGAAUUCCAAUUGGAACUCAAAUGUUAAGAAUUUUCACAAGUGAUCAAGUGACCUAUGAACUUCAUUCCUAUGAUCAUGACACUCUUUAUAUUUCUCUCAAAUUAUUAGACACUACCUUCAAUACCAAACAAAAUAUUACAAUUAAUCCUGAGAAUAUCAAUUUAUUUGAAACCAUUACUAUCUCCAUCACUCCAUGCCUAAAAGGUUUCAAAUAUGCAGAGAAAGCAUUUAAUGGACAGCGAGUAUUUGUUUGUGAACAAGAUCAUUCGAUUAAUGUAGACCUUGUCAUUGGAAUUGCUGUUCCAUUGGGAAUUUUAUUUCUUGUGGGAGGAAUUUUCAUUGGUAUUGCUCUCAUCAUGUGUACAUCUUAUAUUGUUCAACGAAUUCGAAUUUUAAAGCAAAAAGAAUUAGCUGAAAAGCACAUUGAACAGAAAAUUAUUGACAAGAGAAUAGUUUUUAGUUUGCAAGAUGCGAGAAGCCAUGACGGUGAAAAUGAAUUACUAGAAUCUAAUGCAAUGGAGAGACCUUUACUUUAUGGUCUCUAUCCUGAAAAACAACCUUCAUUUAUUAUUCCUAUUGAGAAUAUUGAAAUUUUGAAGAAAAUUGCAACUGGAGGGUUUGGAAUUAUUUAUCAAGGCAAGUUAUGGAAUAAGGUAGAUGUUGCCAUCAAGUUGUUGAAAAAUGACGCUGAAGAAAUGGAUGAAGAAUUUGAAAAAGAAGUAUCCCUAUUAAGCUCUUUAAAGCAUCCAAAUAUUGUCACAUUCUAUGGAAUAUGUAUUACAUCCGAUAGCAAGUACAUGAUCACUGAAUAUUUGCCAAGAGGAUCCCUUGACAAAGCUCUUUUUAAAAGCAAGCAAGGAGUUGAACCUCUUACAUUCUCAAAAAAGAUUUCCAUAUUAAUUGGAGCAGCCAAAGGUAUUGAAUAUAUUCAUGGAUUAUCUCCAGCUGUGAUUCAUCGAGAUUUGAAACCUGGAAAUAUUUUACUUGAUGAUAAUUUUGAAAGCAAAAUUUGUGACUUUGGAAUUUCUAGAACGGUGGCUGUCACUACCAUGCAAAGCGCAAUCACCACAAAUUUAGGAACUCUCUUUUAUAUGGCCCCUGAACAAUUGAAUGGUCAAAUGGAAGAUCCAAAAUCACACUAUUAUUCCAAACAAGAUCGUGUGGUAUUGGCCACAAAAUUGGAUGUCUAUAGCUUUGGAAUUAUUAUGCAUGAAGUCUUCUUUGAAGAAACACCAUUCGUGUCAGGUAGUUGUAAAUUACAACCUCUCUUUGAUCAGCAACAACCUGAAAGUAAUAUUGGAACACUUUCAGAUCAUGACACCACACGUUCAGCAAGCUCACAUUCUACCACCACUCCAUUAAUUGCCACUCCUUUUAAUGUUCCUCAAAUGGUUCUUAAGGGAGCUCGACCAAUCAUUCCAUUCCGAACGGAAGAACAAGUGAAUGUGUGGACACGAGAGUACAUGUCAUUCAGUUCUGAAUUUCGAAAUUCCACACCUAGUCAUGAUGCGAGAGCCAUUCUCGAUUAUUUCCAACUUGCUGAAUCAUGUUGGAGUGAACACCCAAUUCAGAGACCUUCAUUUACAGAGAUUCGAAGAAAAUUAGAAUCUAUUCUUGAAAGAAUUCAAUGA